AGGUCAAGCAGCUAACGAUUGCUAGUAAACUUGGAAACGACGAACGAAGCUUCUCGGAUUUACUACUGGUAUUCAAAGGUAAACAAAACAAAAGUGAAACGUUAGUUUUUCAUCAAAAGCCGUUGCCUUUACAAACACUAUAUUUUAUGUUGUUUGCACAUCAACGUCGGAAGCUUCCUAAAGGCCUGCUAGCUGGAGUGUUUGCAACUAGCAGUCAUUACUUUUUAUUUAAUGAUAUUUUAAUAAUAAAAUAGCGCCACCGUUGAUCAAAUGAUGUAACUUUACACACCCCCAUUUACAUUUCGGCUUCUGGGAGCUAAUACCUGUCCUAUAUCCAUAUCUUCCUUGAUCGUCACGUUAGCAUGCUAAUGGUGCAUGUUUCGCGUCGACGCGAAUGAGAGCCAUUAACAUGCACAUAUGCACGCAUUUCAAACUUGUUAUAUGCUGCGUUAAAUGUAAAGAAAGUCAAACUUUAAGGAUACGUUAGUAUAGUAGUGGUCAUAGUUUAGUUUAUUUCGAACGUGCAUAAAGAACGUUACAUCGAAACAUAAUCUGAUUCCCCAUUUCAGCAAUGGAACAUGCCCGAAAAUUUUUUUUAUGAAUUUAUGUUAUUGCUAUAGAACGUGAACAAUAGUCCAGCAACUGCCUAUAUUUGGAAGGCAUGAUCUCCAGCAGGAGAUCGUGCCACGCAGUGUGAAUCCCGGUACGUUCCUAGCAUCUCUACAAAUUACAAAAUUGUGCAGAAAUGUAUUUGAUUUCAGGAGUUCAAUUAAGACAAAGAGACCAAUUAAAGGCUCAGGAAGUUUUUGCAGUUCUUUUUUGGAUUAUUGUGUGAACCAGUAUGUUUACAAAUUUUAUGAGACAAUGAAUUUGGGCUUUUUGGAUGACUUUUUAAAAACUAUAAUCAUGAAAAUGAGUAAGAAAUCCAAUUAUUGAAAAAUUUCACUCCUCAUGAAUCAAUAGGAUAUAAGAGUUUCACUUUUUGAAUUGAACUACUGAAAUAAGUUAGUGUUCACAAAUAUUCUAAUUUGUUGAGAUCAUGUGGUUGUUGUAUGCACAAUGUCACCUGGAAAUAGCUGUCUUAAUAAAUCCUGUUAGAGUUGGUGUGUCUUUGCUGUUAGCGUUUCUUUUUUGGUGUCUUUUCUUAAGCAUGACCGGCAGGAAGUGAGAGUGAGUGAAUGACUGUGAAUCCCACAGGAAAACCAGAGUGGACAAGCUGAGAUGAGAAGACAUGUUCCAGGAACCAUUCCUGUCCAGGCUGCAGUGCUCCAGUUCACUGCAAUAACCACAUUUUGUUUUUGUAACAUUUUCCAGCUUUGUGUUGACAUCGAAGCAUUAUACCUCUUCUGCUCCGGAACCCAUCAACCAAUCUCCUCUUCAGCAGGCUCCCUGGGUGCUUUGACCUCAUCGGCCGGCAGGCAACCUCCUGGAGGUUGGUUUGGCUCACAGACUCCCCCAGCAGCCUGUUCCCCACAUACCAACAACAGCUCCUUGGGUUACUGAUGUAGACAUUAAUGUUGUUAGCUUGCAAAACCCAUGUCUCACCCACUGUAUAACCCGUAUGAGAACCAAAGAAGACAGGCAGAGAUGGACUCCCGUAGGGUCUCUUCUCUGCUCGGUGUUGGAUCCAGCCUAGGCUCUUCCGCAGGUCCAUCGCAGGCUUCUGACAGCAAGACGCUUUCCUCAAUGGUGCCCACAUACCAAUCCAUGCAAAGAGUCCCGUUCAAUGAAGCCCUGCACAGGUCCGGCGCCACUCAUGUUAGCAGAACCACAGAAGAGGUGAGACUUCAGGCCAUGCACCAGCCGUCAGAUCAAGACAUUCGCCGGCAAGAGUUUAUCUCUGGGGGUGGGGGAUUGAGCUCUUACCACAGCCUCAGCAGAGGUUCUGACAGCAAAUGCAGUGUUGGACCCUUGAACCGGUUGUCUGGCUACAGCCAACCUUCUGCUGACAAAUCGUCUGUUUAUUAUCCGUCGUCAACUCCAGCAGGCUGCACUGUGCUCAAUGUAUCGAGUGAGUGUCAGCGGGACUUUUGCUCCAUUCCAGGCUUAGACGGUUUUGACAGGCCAGACGUAAAACAAUCUGCGGCCUCUUCUGAGCGCAGUCAACCUAAGUAUACCUCUGAGUCAGCGGCCAACAUCCUUUUGCACUUUGGACUUGAAAAGGAGGACUUAGAACAUCUUAUCGCCUACUCCGAAGACCAGAUUACGCCUGCCAACUUGCCGUUCAUCUUGCGCCAAAUCCGCAUUCAGAAGGCCAAGAAGGCCUCAGAUGCAGAUCGGUCAAAACCAUUUCCUGAACCUGCGGCAACCAGUGGCACUGGCGGUUUGGCCACUUGGAGCAGUUCUGGAGUGUCUGGGAUGGACCAGGGGGACACCGCAUCUCCUCUUCUCCAGUCUAGUAAAGUCAUUGACUAUGGUCAUACACGCAAAUACACUGGCAGUGUGGGGGAGGAUGCUGCGAGCAGAGCUGAAAGUGCUGAGAGCGACACUUUGUUGAUGAUUGACAAUUUGGAUAGAGGCGCACGCACUCAAGAGCUGGCACAGCAUGCGGCAAGAAGCGCUUCCCAGGACCAGGCAAGUUCUGGCUCUUCUUUCAGCUCCAUGCUGACCUCGGCUUCUCCAAAAAGUAACAUUGCAGUCAAAGGAGAGCGGAUCCAAGCAAUGCAGACUCAACAAUCAAUAUUCAACUCUUUCUCCCAGCCAGUGAAAGACACAGACAUGCGAGAUGUUCCAUCUCAAACCCCGAAAGCCCAUCCUUUUAAACAGGUGGAAACUCAUCCGGAGCCCACCUUAAAAUCACAAACCCCCUCCAGUCUGUUUCGUGGUGUCCAUCCGAACAGACCUGGCCUUGUGGUCCUCUGUUCAAAUACCGCCAGUGAGAAGCCUAAGGGUCAAGGUUCAGCUGGUGCAAAGCAGGCCAAAAACCUUGAGACCGUGGAGCAGCCGAGGCGGCAGCAGCAGCAGCAACAACUACAACAGAAGCAGCAGCAGCAGAAGAAGCAGAAAUCGCAGCCACAAAAAACGGACAAUCAGAAGCCACCAGCGCUUCAGAAGCAGCAGGUGCCCAAGAGUGAGGCCCAGCAGACACCCAUAAAGCUACCCACCCAGUUGGGACAGACGAUGUGGCCACCCACUUUCACCACAGCGCAGUCACUUGAUCACCUGCCACCUGCGUUCAACAUUCCCAGCAUGUUGAAGGUGGACAGACAGCCCUUGUUCCUUGUGGAUCAUAGCGCUGGCGGCAUACAUCUUCCACGGGCUCACCCAGCGCAGGUGGUGGUCUCCAAGGGUUUGCCGACGGCAGCCAUGAUGCAGGAUUAUGCUGCGGCCACGCCCAGAGUCUUUCCACACUCGUGUUCUUUGUGUAACAAAGAGUGUGCGCUCAUUAAGGACUGGAUCGCUCACCAGAACACAACCCUUCACCUUGAGAGCUGUAAAGUCCUACGAAAGCAGUAUCCAGAUUGGGAUGGAGAGUUGCGUACUGUCUGUGGUAAUGAAGGACAGAAGUCCACAUCCACCUCACAGUCUCAGCAUAAGAAAAGCCAGCGUAGGAGUCGCUCGUCUUCCCGCUCUCAUAGUCCUCGGCGGCGGCGGCGCAGUUCAAAUACCCGGCGAGACCGGAGGAAGAGUCGCUCACGUUCGCCUUACACCCCCAGAUACAGUCGCAGGUCGCGUUCUUACUCCACAAGCUCGUCGUCCAACCACGGUCGCUCGCGCUCAAGAAGCUAUGAGAGGCGUCGCUCUCCACGCAGAAGCCAGGAGGGGCACUCGUCGUCAAGGAGGAGCCGCGAGAGGCGGUCCUUGUCGCAGAGCCGCCGCAAUAAACGCUCUUCACCCAAGAGAAGCCAGGCUGGACACUCGUCGAGGAGGAGCCGCGAGAAGCGGUCCUCGUCGCAGAGUCGCCGCAAUAAACGCUCGUCACCCAAUAGAAGCCGUGAGAGACGUUCUUCCCCCAGGAAGAGCCUCGAAGACAGCGCCACCUCAUCCAGGAGCCACCAGAAGUCAACCAGUGCAGAACGACUUGCUAAGAAACUUCUGCAAUCAUCAGCUGUCCAGUCUCUGUCGAAGCAGUCCGAUGUGGAGGCUGUGGUUAAAACACUGGCCCCUGCCUUGUUGGCCGAGUUGGCCAAGAUGAAGUCACCUCCUUCACAAGAAGGCACCUCCUCUUCGCAGUCCUGCACAGCACCGAAGAUAUCUUCUGCCUCCUCCUCAGCAACAGCCACCAAAAAGAAGGCUGCUAAAGUGAUGCCGGGCCAGGAAAAAGAUUCAUCUGCAAAGAUUAAGUCUGGUAAAAGCUCUGCUCCAACCAUUGUGACGCUAGAAGGAAUUGUUAAUUCUCUUUCCUAUGGCGACAUGGUCGCUGCCGCCAAGCAGUACGGAAAAACCAAAUCAGUUGUUAUGUUUCGCUCCAGACUGCAGGCAGUGGUGUGUUAUGAGAAAAAGGAAGAUGCAGAGAAACUGAGGAACGUGAGAGAAUUCAAACUAAAAGGAUUUCCAAUCACUGUAGUGGAAGAAAAGGAGACGGUCACCAAGAAGAAUUCUCAGACAAAGCCUGAUGCCUUGUCCAGUGUCUCUACCACUCAAACAUCUAAAUCAACAAGCGCCCCUUCUUCAAAAAGUGCUAUACCUGCUGCAAAAUUGUUGGUUUCCAAAGCAAAGAACAUCUCAAGCAAGCAUGUCAUCAAGAGCGAGAAAGGAGCUGUGAAGAAAGGUCCAGUAAUAGCACAGUUAAAAAAAACUUCUAGUGUUAAGACAGCUCAAGGGUCAAAGGUCAUCAGUAAAGCACCCAAAGGUGAAACUCUAACAGACAUAGUUAUAUCAGGAGGCACCAUCGAAGAGGAGGAACCGUCCAAAUGUAGCACUGCAGAAGAGCAACACAAUCUGGAGGGCUCAUCUGAGCUGAAUGACACCUCGUCCAACAUCUCUACUACUCAAACAUCUAAAUCCACUAGCACCCCUUCUGUAACAAGUGCUGUACCUGCUGCAAAAGCCCACGUGUUAGUUUCCAAAGCAAAGAACGUCUCAAGGAAACAGGUCAUCCAGACGGAGAAAGGAGCUGCAAAAAAAGGUCCAGCAAAAGCACAGUUAAAAACCACCUCCGUUGUUACAUCAGCUCAAGUGUCAGAGGUCAUCAGUGAAGCACCCAUAACUCUGGUAACAAACAAAGUGAAUCCAUCAGGACAUGCCAUUAAACAAGAGGAGGAGCUGUUCAAAUGUAGCCCUGCCAAAGAGCAACAGAAUCUGGGGGUGUCAUCUGAGCUGAAAUUCAAAGAAGAAGAGACCACACAAGGAGAAGCGGCCAAUGUUGGACCAGCAAGUGUGACAGAACCUCGAAGAGACCACACCACAAGGGCCGAAAAAACACCACCAGAAGUGGCCAUUUUUAAAUCAGCAAGUCUGACAGUACCUCCAGGAAACCACACCACCAGGGCCAAGACCACACCACCAGAAGCAACCGAUGUUGGACCAGCAAGCGUGACAGAACCUUCAAGAGACCACACCACCAAGGCUGAACCAACACCACCAGAAACGGCUGAUGUUGGACCAGCAAGCCUGACAGUACCUCCAGGAGACCACACCAUCUGGGCCAAGGCAGCACCACCAGAAGCGACCGGUGUUGGACCAGGACUGGUGGCAGUACCUCCAGCAGCCCACACCAUCAGGACCGAGACAACAUCACCGGAAGUGGUCAAUGUUGGACCAGCUAGUAUGACAGAAACUCUAAGAGCCCACACCACCAGGGCCGAGACCGCACCACCAGCAGCCGACAAUGUUGGACCAGCAAAUGUGACAGAACCUCAAACAGAAGAGGUGAGCGACCCACCACUUCCAGAACCUGACCUUCUAGAGCCAAUGGAAGUGGACACUUGCACAGCGGCUGAGAAGCAACUUGACAAGAGCACGGGGAAACGGCAAAGUACUAGGCACCAAGCGGAACCUGCAGGACCACUGGCGUCUACCAAACUUGAUUCACUAAUUGAGCAACCAGAUGAAGCUGAUCUGGACACCAAGCUAACACGGGCAGGAGACAACACACAAGAACAGAAGCAGCAAGCAAUGGCAGCCAAGAUGCCACUAGAGGCAGCAGCCAAGACGCCACCGGAGGCAGUAACGGUGCAGGAUACGACAUCGUCCCACUGCUCUGAUGCAGCAGCGAGACACACCAUCGGAGAGAUGGUGGAACAACAUCUGCAUCAAAACAGAAUCAUGUGUCUCAAGAACAAAACCUGCUUCACACCAAGAUUUUUGUCACUUAACAAGAAGCAGCUGUUGAUCACACACCUGCCCAAAUAUCAUGACGGUUGCUACAGGGAGGAAGACGUCGCUCAGUUGUUGAAACCAUUUCGAUUUAAGUACUUGGACGAGAACAUCUAUGUUAUUCCUCAAAAAUGCAUGGCGUUUGCUCAACUGGCGGAUGCUGAGGAUGUUCUGGCUGCUCUUAAAGCUAGCAAAAACAAAGAUUUUGCUCUCAAAGGCUUUAAGGAGAAACUCCAUCUGCAUGUGCUGGGUGAAAACGUCCCCAUGGCACCGGUUGGCUUUUACAGAUCGCUGAUGAGGUUGAUGAAUUCUCCUGUGGUCGACCACGGUACGAGAACCAUUUUCAUCAAGAACAUCUCUCAAAGUGAGACUGCCAGCCUCCGGGAAAUUUUGAGAAAGAUUGACUUUGUCAAAAACUUCCUGCCUCUCCUUAACAAGAUAUGCAUUGAGAUGGCUGACUCCACAGGCGUUAUGCUUGUGCUAGAGAAAUCCAAACAUUUCUCACCAAAUCCUGGCAAAAAGCGUGUAACUUGGCUUGCAGUUGAAGGCUUUGAGAGUGUGAGUAUCUUGAAAAGAUGUCUGACGGAUCGCAGUGUGAUUACAUUGAACCCCGAGAAGGACAGGAAGGAUAUCAGCACUCAGGCUGCUGUGCGCUCCACGGUUCUCGCCGCUCCAUCAGUUGCCCUUGAAAAAACCACAGAGGCACCACACCAGCGACAAACCGCAGCCAAACAUAAUGGUGGGAAAACAGUGGCUCGUGACGAUAAAGAGAAACACACUGCAACUUCAUCUGCUGCUCUCUUGCUCCCUAAAAGAAAUGAAGCAAAGAAGCCAAGUAAGAGCUCACGCAAGAGAAAAAAGAAUCAACGGAAAGGAAAAGACAAGGAGGACUUCACAGAAGACAAUAUUCCUCCAUAUGCACUUAUUUUUGAUGAGCAACCUUUCAACAUGGAUGACUUUGUCACUGUGGAUGAAGUUGGGGAGGAGGGAACUAACGAGUCCUCUGCUGGGCACCGCUCCCUAUCCAAGAAGUUAUCCUCCAAACCUGCAUCCAAACAAACCAACACCAGCACCUCAAAAGAUUCAAAGAGCUCUGCAUAUUCCUCAUCAGCCUCCUCCAGGUCCACCAGAAGCUCAGAAAAACACAGCCCGUCUUCUCGCUCAGUGUGCGAAAAGUCCAAGGGUUCCUUUGAAACUAAAGCCAAAGACUCAGAGGCUGAAUCCCAGAUGUGUUUGCAGCCGUCGUCAUCCUCUGCUUGUGAAGAAGAGAGGAUGACAACUUCAGCGACAAAGGAAAGCUUUCAAGUGUUGGACAGCGUGGGCUAUGAGGAGAAGCCUCUCUCAGAGGACAGCAGCCACAUGGAGCAGCAUCACAUCAACCAGCUUGAAAAUGACAAAAAACAACUCCCUGAGAAAGAUGAGACUACUCCACAAGUUCAUACACCCAAAGAUAAAGACGAAGCUACCAAAGAUCAGGUCCAAGUGAUUGCUCCAGACGACAAGUCUCCUCUGAGGGACAAAGUAGACAAGCAGAAGACAAAUGUGGAGGACGACAAGGAGGUGACAGCAGAACCUUGUCAAACAAAGGAGGACAACCAUGACACACAUGUUGUAGAAACUUCAGCUGGCCUGCUAUGUAAAGAAAACACUAUGGCCUCAGAAGAAGAAGAGGCAUACCACGUGAUCGAUUCUGUGGAAGAGCAGCCAACUUCCACUGAGAAUGAGUGCAAGCGCAAGGAAAAAAGUGACCAGGAAGUGUCUUCUCCAAGCAGAGCAUCCAAGAGAGAAGAGCAAGAGUCUCCAAAGAAGCACACCACCACUGGACCUCCUGAGGCUGAGCAGAAGCACCAGGUGGUUGAUUCUGUCCAAGUUAAACAUUCCAGCAGCACGUCGACACCAGGUAGGAGGAGGAGCACACGAGGAAAGACUCAGGGUACAUCUGUGAAGGACGAGGAACCCACUUUCCACAUUUUGGACUCUGUGGAUGCUGAGACGGUCCAAGAAGAACCCACCAUCACAACCAGAUCUAGCAGAGGAAAAAGAGGAAGGCCAUCUAAGAAAGAUGCUCAUAGUGAGAAAAGAGUUGAAGAAGAAAUUACACCAACAAGGAAGAGGACAAGAACUUCACAGGGAACAACCAGAGAAGAAACACCAACCAAGAAGACUGAGUCUGUCCUAAAAGACGAGGUGAAGAGUCUUCCAUCUCUGAGAAAAGGAAGAAGAGGAAGACCUAAGAAAGCUGUCCAAACAGCUAAAAGUGAAGAUGCCUGCUUAGAAAAGAGAGAACAAGACACUGAUGGUGAAGAAGAAGCCACUUUCCAGGUCCUGGACUCUGUGGAGGACGAAAUGCUCCAUGAUCACAAGAGUCCAAAGGAGGAGGACAUGACUGACAGCAAACAUAAGGAAGGAACAAAUGAGAUCAUUGAUUUUUUGAGUGAAGGACCAGCCAAAGAAGAGCAUUUAGAAUUUGGUGAUGAGAAGGAGGGAAAGGAUGAACCUGUGGAAACAUCACAAUGUGCUAAGCGCACUCGACGAGAAUGCCAUGCAAGACAUCUUUUAUGUUCUGUAUCAUCAGAAGACAAAAGCUUGGUGGAACAGAAGAAGGUGCGACAGGUGGAAGAGGUGGAGCCUGAACAAACAUCCCCAUCGAACUGGAGAGGCAGAGCCAAGAAGAGAAGCAGACUGACUUCUGGUGAGCAGCAUCAUGAUGCCUGCUUAGAAAUGAAGGAACAAUACGCUGGUGAUGAAGAAGUUACAUUUGAGGUCCUGGACUCUGUGGAGGACGAGACGCUGCGUGAUCACAAUAGUCCAAAGAAGGACAUGACUGACAGCAAACAGGAGGAAGAGUCAAAUGCGAUCAUCGAUUCUUUGAAUAAAGGUCUAGCCAAAGAAGAGCCUGUAGAUAAUGAUGAUAAGGAGGGCCAAGAUGACACUGUGGAAGCAUCACAAUGUGCUAUGCGCACUCGACAAGGACGCCAGACAAGAAAACAUUUUUCUUCAUCAUCAGAAGACACAACCUUGGUGGAAAAGAAGAAGGUGGGACAGGUUGAAGAGGUGGAGCCUGAAGAAGCAUCCCCGUCGUACUGUAGAGGCAGAGCCAAGAAGAGAAGCAGACUGACUUCUAGUGAGCGUCAUCAUGAUGCCUGCUUAGUAAAGAAGGAACAAGAUGCUGGUGAUGAAAAAGAAGCUACAUUCCAGGUCCUGGACUCUGUAGAGGACGAGACGGUCCAUGAUAACAGUCCAAAGGAGGAGGACAUGACUGACUGCCAGCACAAGGAGGAAGACACAAAUGAGAUGACUGAUUUGUUUCAUGAAUGUCCAGCUAAAGAAGAGCCUUUAAAUGAUACUAAGAAGGAGGGCAAAGAUGAAGCUGUGAAAACAUCCCAAUAUGCUAAGCGCACUCGACAAGGACGCCGGAAAAGACGCCUUUUAAGUUCUUCUUUUUCAGAAGGCAGCACAAGCUUGGUGACACGGGACAAGGUGGUGCAGGUUGAAGAGGCGGAGCCUGAAAAAGCGUCCCUGCCCAACUGGAGAGGCAGAACCAAGAAGAGAAUCAGACUGACUUCUGGUGAGCAUCAUCAUGAUCCCUGCUUGGAAACGAAGGAAGAAGAUCCUGGUGAUGAAGAAGAAGCCACAUUCCAGGUCUUGGACUCUGUAGAAGACGAGACGCUCCAUGAUCAAAAUAGUCCAGAGGAGGACAUGACUGACAGCCAGCAUGAGGAGGAAGGGACUUAUCGAGUUGUAGAUUGUUUGGAUGAAGGUGUUUGUGUUGGAGUGAAGGAGGAAGAACCAGGUGAAGAAAUCAGCCCAGUCGGCACACGUGAAAAAGUCAAACUGGAGGCUGAUGUGAAAGAGGAAGACGAGCUGGCGACUGGGGGAAAAGAUGUGAAGACUGAAACUCCAACGACCUCUGAGAAGAAACAAACGCCCCCCAACAAAGACGACAGCAGUGUUUGGAAGCUGGAUCAAGUGAGCGAUGAAGAGGAGGAUUUCUCUGACGACAUGGCUGAGGAGGAGCUGAGGAGGCAAGCAAAGGAGGAUAAGUUGAGCUCUGUGAGGGCAGAAGAGAAGACCAUGGGAGCAGAGGAGAGAAAGCCAAAUGGAGGAAGUGAGGAUGAGGAGGAGCUGCUCACUCUGGAUGACAUCUCUGACGGAGAGCUGCAAGCUCUGGUCACUCUGGAUGAGAUCGUGGUGGAGGAAGAAGAAAAGGUGGAACAGAAGGCACCGACGCACUGCCCAUCAGACCAAUCAGAGGACUGUUUUAACCUUCAGACCUUGCUGACUUUAGAUGCAGCAGGCGGCGAUGAUGAUGAGAAGGAGGACGACAACACAGAGGACAACGCGGCCAUGGUGACGCUGGACCAGGUGGGACAAGUUGAAGAGGUGGAGCUUCAAGAAGUGGCCCUGCCCAACUGGAAGAGACAGAGCCCGAGUCCUGCCGGGAAAGCUAGUGGAGGGAUGGAAGUGGUUGUCAAGGACGCCCCACCACCAUGUUUGCCAAGCGACCACCAGGAAGACGCUGAUCCAGUGGAGGGCAGCGCUCCAUCUGCUGGACAGACUGGAGUUGUGAGCAAACGGCAGGCGGAGCUUAUUGAGGCAGGAGCAAAGCGAGCACGUUCACAGUCUCCGUAUGUCUCUGCAAAAUUUGAACUACCCGCGUUCAAACCCAACAACCCUCUUGGUACAGAGUUUGUCGUCCCCAAACAUGGUUAUUUCUGUGAACUGUGCUCCAUUUUCUACAUGAAAGAGAGCACAGCCAAAGACAUCCACUGCAGCAGCAAGAGACACUACAGCAACCUGAAGAAAUAUUACCAGUGUAAGAAGUUGAGAGUGUCAACUCAAGGAUCCAUCUCCGAUUGAGUUCUGAAAGGUCCAUCAUGUUGGCGACGCUGUGAAUUACUGUGAUUGAAUACUAAGUUUAAUCUUUUACAUAAUUAGGCAGUAAAGCAUAAUUUUACACUUCUUUUUCCUUUAGAUAUUUCUGUACAUUUAUCUAAUCAUUAAUUAAAAUUCAACUCAUCCACAA